UGACGACAAUAACAAACCGCGGCGGUCAGGGCUGCGCUAAGCGAGCGGGGGCCCCGGAAGUAACCCGCGUCCUUUCUCAGCUGUCUCCCCCCUUCCUGCGCCUUGUCGGGGCCUCCGCCGUAGCAGUCCGCCCCCCGCCAUCGGCCUUCCUCGCUUGGGUGGCGGCCUGAAGCUCCCUGUGGAGCCGCAGCGAGGAGGAGGAGGAGGAGGAGCUUCUGUCGCCGGCCACCGGCGGGGGAUGGUGCGUGGGGCCGCCCAGCUGUUGCUGCUGUUAUUGCGGCCUCCAUUGGGUCUCUGAUGCACCGUGUUUAAUAGAAACUUCAUUCUCUUGCCAAAGUCAAAUGAGGAAAAGAAGAGGUUUUGAAAUCCAGCCACUUUUAAAGACCCUUGUACCUCCAUGCAGUACCUGAAGUUGCUAAAUAAUAAUCAGAGAGUCAAAGGUAUAAACUUCAGGAACCUAAAGAAGUCACCAUGAAGUUAUAUGUAUUUCUGGUUAACACUGGAACCACCCUUACCUUUGAUACAGAACUUGCAGUACAAAAUGUUGCGGACCUUAAACAAGCAAUUCAAACAAAGUACAAAAUUGCUAUUCAACAUCAGGUGCUGGUUGUCAAUGGAGGAGAGUGUAUGGCAGCUGACAGGAAAGUUUGUAGUUACAGCGCUGGGACGGACACAAACCCAAUUUUUCUCUUCAACAAAGAAAUGAUCCUUUGUGAACGUCCUCCAGCUAUCCCCAAAACGACAUUUUCAGCAGAAAAUGAGAUGGAAUUAAAAGUUGAAGAAUCUCUUAUGAUGCCUGCAGUUUUUCACACAGUAGCUUCACGGACACAGCUUGCUGUGGAGAUGUAUGAGAUUGCCAAGAAGCUUUGUUCCUUCUGUGAAGGUCUGGUCCAUGAUGAACAUCUUCAGCACCAAGGCUGGGCUGCCAUCAUGGCAAAUUUGGAAGACUGCACAUAUUCCUACCAAAAGCUACUUUUCAAGUUUGAAAGUGCAUAUUCAAAUUAUCUACACUCCAUAGAUGAUAUUAAGCUGAAACUUACACAUUUAGGGGCUGCUGUUUCCAUAAUGGCCAAGAUCCCACUGCUGGAGUGCCUAACCAGACAUAGUUACAGGGAAUGUUUAGAACGGCUAGAUUCUUCUGUUGAACAUGAAGGUACAGAAGGUGAAGAUACUGAGAAUGAGAAGUCGGCUGAAGUGGUGCUUUCUCCUGACAUGUCUAAAAUGAACAGACAAUCACUGCUGGCCUCAUGUUGCAAAUCAGUAGAACGCUCAACCUUAGAUGGCACAGUUUCUGAAAGAAUCAAUGAAAAUAGGGAAGCCAGUCAAAACCCUUCAGUCCAAGGCAGUGAAAUCUCAGCAGAGUUGAAAGAGAGUGACCUACCAUCUUUCAAUGUCUCCCUAUUAGACUGGAUAAAUGUUCAAGAUAGACCUAAUGAUGUUGAAUCCUUGGUCAGGAAAUGUUUUGAUUCUAUGAACAGACUUGAUCCAAGGAUUAUUCAGCCCUUUUUGGCAGAAUGUCGACAAACUAUUGCCAAAUUAGAUAAUCAGAACAUGAAGGCCAUUAAGGGGCUUGAAGACCGGCUUUAUGCAUUGGAUCAGAUGAUAGCUAGUUGUAGCAGGCUGGUGAAUGAACAAAAAGAACUUGCUCAGGGAUUUUUGGCUAAUCAGAAGAGAGCAGAGAACUUGAAAGAUCCUUCUGUAUUACCUGAUUUGUGUUUAAGUCAUGCAAAUCAAUUGAUGAUUAUGUUAACUAACCACAGGAAACUUUUAGACAUUAAACAGAAAUGUACUACUGCCAAACAAGAACUUGCAAAUAAUUUACAAGUCAGACUGAAGUGGUGCUGUUUUGUAAUGCUUCAUGCUGACCAAGAUGGAGAGAAACUGCAAGCCUUGCUCCGUCUUGUAACAGAGCUGCUAGAACGAGUGAAGAUUGUAGAGAAACUUAGUAACGUCCCUCAGAUGUACUGUUUGGCUGUUGUUGAAGUCGUAAGGAGAAAGACAUUUGUAAAACACUACAAGGAGUGGGCUAGCUCUUUAAUAAAAGAUGGGAAACAUCUUUAUGAUGCAGAAAAGACCAAAAGGGAAACUUUUGGGAAAUUAUUUAGGAAGUCUUUUCUAAGAAAUCGCUUAUUCAGAGGUCUUGAUGCCUGGCCGCCAUCGUUUUGUACUCGGAAACCUCGCAGAUUUGAUAGUGAACUUCCUGAUAUCUCAUUAUCUGACUUGCAGUUUCUGCAGUCCUUUUGUCCUUCAGAAGUCCAACCAUUACUCAGGGUUCCCAUACUUUGUGAUUUUGAACCUCUCCAUCAGCAUGUACUUGCUCUACAUAACCUGGUCAAAGCAGCACAAAGUUUGGAUGAAAUGUCACAGACCAUUACAGAUCUGCUGAAUGAACAAAAGAUUUCCAACAGUCAAGCUUCCCCACAAUCUGUAAUUACUCCAAGGAUGGAAAGUACAACAGGAACAAUUGCUACCUCUCCUAGAACUCCUCCAUCACUCAGCCUUCAGGGUCCUCUCUGCCCUCCAGAGUGCCCCGCAGGUCCAAUAGAAGAAUUGUCUCCUGACAGUAUUGAUGCUCAUACAUUUGAUUUUGAAACAAUUGCACACCCAAGUAUAGGCAAUUCUCUGAAACAAGGUUCAUUAGACUUGGACUCACUGGCAGAAAGUCCAGAAUCUGACUUCAUGUCAGCAGUGAAUGAAUUUAUAAUAGAAGAAAAUCCAACAUCUCCAAAUGUGAUAAGUGAUCCUCAAAGUCCAGAAAUGAUGGUGGAGUCUCUGUAUUCCUCAGUUAUCAAUGCAAUUGAUAGCAGGCGGAUGCAAGACACAAACAUCUGUACAAAAGAAGCAGUCCUAGAAAAUUCUGCUAUAAAUGUUUACAUGGAGAAAUGUAGAGUUGCUACCCAAGAAUCACAGUUAAAUUUAAGAAACUUCAAAGAAGACCUUUGUCACUUUAGAACAUUUGUAGAAAAAGAACAGUGCGACUUUUCUAGUUCUUUAAAAUGUACAUCAAUAGAAAUAAGAAAUAUUAUAGAAAAAGUUAAAAUGUCUCUUGAAAAGACACUAAAAGAUAAGCAUCGCAACGAACUGCAGUCUGUAAAAAUGGAAUAUGAAAGCAGAAUGAAUAUCUUAGUUGAGGACAGUGAGGAGAACGAAAAAAAGAUUAUAAAAUUAAAGUUAGACUUGAAAAAUCUUGAAGAUAUUUUGCAUGAUAAAGAUGAUGAAUUUGCCGUCGUAAAGAAUGAAAAGGAAGCCGUUGUGUGUUUACAGAAUGAAAAAGAGGAGAAGCUGCUUGAACUGGAAUGCCAAAUGAGGAAUCAAUGUUGUGAAAUUAAGGAAUUAAGGGAAUCCCGUGAAAGUGUGUUAGAAAGUUUGAAAAAGCUUCAUAUAGAAACAGAUGAAAAAAUGUACCUUUUGAAAACAGAACUUCAGAGUUUGGAGCAAGAUCAUCUGAAGGAACUAGAAGCCAGUCUUCAUGUCAGACACACGCAAGAAUUUGAAGUGCUAAUAGCGAAAAACAGGGAUUGUUUGGACAAGUUAAAAAAGGAAAAUCAGUGCCAACUUGAGCACAUGCAAGAAUCUCAUGCUGUAAAAGUCCAAGAAAAAGAGAAACAGAUUGAAGAACUAAAGUUUAAGGUUUCUGAAUUGUCUGACUUGAGGUGCAAAUUGGAAGUUGAACUUGCCUUGAAAGAAGCAGAAACAGAUGAAAUGAAACUACUCUUAGAAAAAAGCAAAACUCAGCAGCAGGAUAAUUUAAAAUCUGUCAUUGACAAGGAAACUGACAUUUUAAGAAAGGAGAUUGAUAAAUUGAACCAUCUAAUUCAAAUUAAUGAUGAGGAAUAUCAGAUAGGAUUAGCGGAACUAAGAACUUUGAUGACUAUCGAGAAAGAUUAUUGCAUUUCAGAAUUAAUUGGCCGGCAUGAAGAAGAAACAAAUUUGCUUAAAACGGAGUUGAACAAAGUAACUUCUUUGCAUCAGAAAGCGUUUGAAGCAGAAAAAAGGUUGGAAGAACAAAUAACAGAACUGCAAGGUAAACUAGAAUUGGCGGUGACUACCCUAGAAAAGCAAAAAGAGGAGAAUUUGGCUCUCUGUGAACAGCAGAAAAGGUAUGAAGCCACUGUGAGUCAGCUUGAAGAGGAGAAACAGCUGCUGGUCACUAACUGUGAGGAAGAUAGGAAGCUGCUUGUCGAGAAGCUCAAUGGUGAAAAAGAAGAUGCAGUACGAAUUGCCCUGAAAGAAUUUGAGUUGCACAGGGAAGCUGUGGAAAAAGAACUUUUGGAAAAAAUUCAGCAACUUGAGAUGCAGGUUAACCAGAGUUCGGCUGAAUCAUCUGCGUCAAGCUUGGUUGCUGAACUUCAAGAAAAACUCCAGGAGGAGAAACUGAAGUUUUUGGAGCAGCUUGAAGAACAUGAGAAAAGAAAAAACGAGGAAAUGCAAAAUAUUCGAACAUCACUCACUGCAGAACAGCAGACUACUUUCAACACUGUUCUGACGAGAGAGAAAAUGAAAAAAGAAAACAUAAUAAAUGAUCUUAGUGACAAAUUAAAAACGAUUACACAACAGCAAGAAAGAGAUAAGGAUCUGAUUGAAACCCUUUCUGAAGACCGAGCUCGUUUACUUGAAGAGAAGAAGAAACUUGAAGAAGAAGUGAAUAAGCUGAGAAGUGGAAGUUCUGUUCUGUCAACUUAUUUACCACCUACUUCAGAACCCUCUGGAGCUUGUGCAGCAGAUUUUACAGCAGAUGCUGAGCGAUUGACUUCAGAUACAUCUGAGGAAGGAAAAAUGGAUUCUGCAAUGGAAACUAGCAUGAUGGCUGUAAAUGAAAAUGUUCAGAUGUUGUCUGAAGAAAAACAGAGGAUAAUGUUGUUAGAAAAAAUGUCUCAAAGCAUGUCUUCAGUGUCACUUAGGCAUUCUGAAAAAAUAGCUAUCAGAGAUUUUCAGGUUGGCGAUUUGGUUCUCAUUAUUUUGGAUGAACGCCAUGACAACUAUGUAUUAUUUACUGUUAGCCCAACUUUGUAUUUCUUGCACUCAGAAUCUCUCGCUGCACUGGACCUCAGACCAGCUUCAGGUGCAUCUAGAAGACCCUGGGUGCUAGGGAAAGUAAUGGAAAAAGAAUAUUGCCAGGCUAAAAAGGCACAAAACAGAUUUAAAGUUCCUCUAGGUACAAAGUUCUACAGAGUAAAAGCAGUGCCAUGGAACAAGAAGGUAUAACAUAUGCUGGAAUCCUCAGCUCAUCACCAUUUUUUCUGGCUUGGCUUUCAGUGCCCAUUUAUCACUCCAAGUAGCAGGCCAUCAUCUUUUUAUACUGAGGUCACAUGACAGUGCCCCCCCCCCCCAAUACACAAGGUUUUUUCCCCCCUUUUUUAAUGUGUUCUAUUUUAGAAGCAAAAACUUAAUCAAAAUGUCUGGCCUAACCGUUCCAGUUUUUUACCUGGAUAACUUUAGACGUGUGGACCAAACAAGUUCAUUUUUCUGAAAAAGCAAAUCCUGUUUUAUCAUGGCUUAUUUACUAGCCAUGUUAAUUGCCUGUUAAAUACACAUUAGUUCUUAUUAGCUGUAUAAAUGUUAGCUAUCAUUAUUACCAGCAUACGUCCUUUUGUGAAAUCAUUAUCAAAGUACUUGCACUCUUUAACAGAUUCUUUAUAAUAAGUAUAAAUUCAUCAGCUAUUGAAAAAGGAGCAUUCAUUGCAUGCGGAUAAUCAUCAUUUUCUUCAACAUGAGUUUGCCUCAGUAAAUGAAAGAUAACAGCUGCAACCUGCUUCACUGCAUUAAAAAGCCCUUUAAUAUAAAUGAGACAAAAGAAGAAGAAAAUUUAUUUGAUGGGCUGAUAUUGGAUCAGUCAUUUGUAUAUCUGCAGUCUUCAGAAGAACUUUUGAACAUUUGAUCACAGAUUUUGAAGGGGAGGAGCUGUGUUCUGGUAUUUAAACGAAGCACCUGGGCCUUCCCGAACCACAGAAAGUCUUGUAUUAAUCUGUUUGGAAAAAUCAUAUUGAUGAAAUUGUAUUUCAUGACCAAGGUUCAGUUUAAAAAAAGAAUCCAUUGUACAUUAAUUAUAAAAAGGGUCAUUUAAGUAACAAAUUAUUGUAUUGUAAAAGACAUGUAGAAUUUUAAACCAAUAAAGAUUUGAAACUGUAAAUGUCUGAAUGGUCUGCAUGCUUUUUAAACAACAAUGUGGUACAGCAGUUCUAUCUAAGACUGUUCUUGUAAAUUUAAAAUUUAAAUGUAUAAGAAUUUUUAUGAAUAUAAAAUGCCUGUAUUAUUCCAAAAGAAACAGCAUUCUGCAAUUUUCAAUGUAUGGUUGAGGUAAUAAUUUAAAUGACAGUUCAUGUUUGCACAGCAAAGCAUAUAAAUAAAAUGGUUCAAAUAAAUUGCUUGGGACAAGGCAAAA